AGCUGGAGUAGAGCAUACAGGAAGUGGAUGCGAGGACUCACUUUUGUGAGGGCCGAAACUAACGCGCUGUAAGCAUUGUAGCGAGACUCAACAGGCCCAGCGACGGAUAUAAUCUUAAUACGCGGACAAACAGGUUCCUGAGAGCAGCCUUGAGAGGGAGUUUUUCUCCAGCUGAGAGCAAGGCAGGCUCGCAGCCAUGUCUACAGCAGUGGAUCUGAAAACGAAGGAGGAGAAGGAUGCCGCGCUGGACAGGCGGAUCGAGGCGCUGCGGAAGAAGAACGAGGCCCUGAUGCGGAGGUACCAGGAAAUUGAGGAAGACAAAAAGAAGGCGGAGCAGGAGGGGAUUGCCGUGACAACCCAGCGCAAGCCACGCCCCCACGAUGCAGAGGCCGACCGCAGAAGGAUGGAGAAGGAUAAUUUCACCGUCACCGUGGACCUCUCUAAACCAGCGGGGGAGAAACGUGUCAUCAACGACAGGAAGCCAGCAGCGCCCCGUGGGGGCUGGGGGAGUGAGGAGGGUGAGGGCCCCAGGCCCCAGGGCGAGGGCCCCAGGCCCCAGGGCGAGGGCCCCAGGCCCCAGGGCGAGAGCCUGCCCAGGAGGGCCGGGUCUGGGCGGCUGAACAGGGGCAUGCCCCGCGGGGGGGCCCGGCCCGACAGGAGGGAGCCCCGUCACGACCGGGCAGAGCCACGGCCGGACCGUCCGCUCUGGGACAGCGAGCCCGGGGAGGGGCCCGGCCGGAACGAACGCACUGCUCGAGGAGGAAGGAGGGGGAGAGGUGGAGGCGGAGGUGGCGGAGGAGGUGGAGGUGGUGGUGGAGGAGGAGGAGGAGGAGGAGGAGGGCCCCAGGGAGGGCCCCAAGGAGGGCCCCAAGGAGGGCCCCAAGGAGGCCCCCAGGGAGGUCUGCCAUCAGACAGGAAGUCCAAGGAGUGGGAGGAGAAGAGGCGGCAGAACAUUGAGAAGAUGAACGAGGAGAUGGAGAAGAUUGCGGAGUACGAGAGAGGCCAAAGGGGGGAAGCGGACAAGAACCCGACCCGGAACUUCCUGGAUGACCCGCGCCGCUGCGGGCCCGUCCCGGACCUCGACCGCAAGGAGGGCAGCCGCCGGCACGUCCGCAACUGGGGCGGCCUGGACUUCGACAACGUGAAGACGGGGGCGGAGGUGGAGAAGGAGUGGAUGCACUCUCGGCGGCCGGGCCCCAGGGACUCGAUGGACAUGACGCUGUCCAUGACGGGGCGCGAGCGCUCGGAGUACCUGCGCUGGAAGAAGGAGCGGGAGCAGAUCGAUGAGGAGCGGCUGGCCCGACACCGCAACGCCACGGGCCAGUGGAGACGCGAGUGGGACGCGCAGAAGACCGACACCAUGUUCAAGGAGGAGGCGGCUGCACUGGCCGCCGAGAGCGCCCAAGACCAGGGCGUCAGGAGGGACGACAGCAAGAGGCCGCCGAAGAAUCCCACGUUUGCGGACUUCGUGGCGCAGGGCAAACCCAAAGACGGGGGCCGCGGCGGCCGGGGGCGUGGCAAGGGCCGACCCCAGCAAAAGAGCUACAGUAUGCACGAUAAUCGCUGGGAAGAGGAAAAGGAGGAGGAUGAAGGGGAGAAGGAGAAGGAGAAGGUGAAGGAGUGGGAGAACGAAAAGGAGGUGAAGGAGGAGAAGGAGAAGAGCAACCCUCCUUCCUCUAAGGAAGAUAAGGUGCCUCUCCCCCCGGUGGAGGUGGUCGUGGAGACGGCCAGGAGUGGAGCGGCCACAGAGGAGGACGAGGACGAAUGGGAGGACGCCAGCGACGGAGACGGAGACGGGGAGGACGAGGAGGAGGAGGGGGAGGAGGAAGAAAGUGAGGAGGAGGAGGAGGGCGAGGCGGCAGAGAAGGUGGCCGUUCUGAGGAAGGAGGAGAAGGCAAAGGGCGUGUCUUCCCCCACGUCCCCUGCCGCCUCCCCCUCCCGCCACAAGGGGGCGGUAGAUGGCGCCAAGGAGCAGCGCACCCCUCGACCCCGCGUGCACAUCCCCUCUCCCCAGAGCGCCCAGGACUCCCCCGAGUCCGGCAAGCCCCUGAGCCCCUUCUCCCCGCUGGAGGGGUACCAGCCCGUGUCGGACUGGGCUGAGGAGAUGGAGAUGCAGUCCCCGCGGGGAACCAUGGGCGAAAGCCCCCUGAAGCCCGACAGUGCAGGAACAGAGGGGAGCCCCGUCGCCCCCAAACCAGGGAGCCCUGUCGCCCCCAAACCAGGGAGCCCCGUCACCCAGAAACCAGGGAGCCCCGUCCCAGUUCAGCCCCCGUGCGAGAAGCAGGCCUCCAGUCCCCCGGCUGAACGGGACACCGAGACCAGUGAACAGACAGUCACGGCCUCUCGGUCCCGGGAGGAGCCGGACAUCUCGGACUCUCAAUCCCAUGAUGCACCUGCAGUGAUAGAGCCAGUUGACCAGGCCUGCCCCUCCCCAGAGGUGGUGCAGGAAUCCGUCCAUACCGGCCAGGAGGCCCUGACCAAACAAGCCGACGCUCCCGCAGCGGCUCCGGACUCGGGCGCGCGUGGACCGCCGGCUGACGCAGCGACCGAGCCGGAUGUCCAGGAGCAGCCGGAGGUCCGGGAGCAGCCGGAUGUUCUUGAGCAGCCGGAGGUCCGGGAGCAGCCGGAGGUCCGGGAGCAGCCGGAGAUCCGGGAGCAGCCGGAGAUCCGGGAGCAGCCGGAGGUCCGGGAGCAGCCGGAGGUCCGGGAGCAGCCGGAGGUCCAGGAGCAGCCGGAGGUCCAGGAGCAGCCGUCCUCAGGCUGAGAAGGGGGGCGGAGUAGCAGUGAAGAGAAGAGAGGAAUGGAGGCUGCAUCACUGAGGAGGCAAGCGCUGCCGGCCUGGGGACGGGCAGCCACUCUCAUUGCUUUACAAAAAAAACAACAAAAAACAACAACCCUGUGCACCCACUGGAAAAAUGUAAAUUCUGAUUAUUAUUUUUUUUUUGGUGCUGGGAAGAUUUAAAUGCAGGUCACUGGUUUAUGGCAACUGGCAGAAUACAGAGAAUACACACACACACACACACACACACACACACACACACACACACAGACACACUCCCUUCUGUGUUCCUCAAUUAGUGAAAGGCAGAGGGAGGACAGUUCUGUACAAUGCGCCCACCUCCCCACGCCACACCCCGACUCCUGAAUGUUUUCACCCCCCUCCCCCAUUUCAGCUAACCCAUUCCCCUGAUUCUCAUUGCCUGGGCUGUGGUUGGGUGUGUGCCUGGGUGGGGCAGUCUAUCCUUUUGCCAAAAUCUUCAUGGGUCCAUAAGGCCUCCUCUGUAUCUGUCUGCCAUCCACUGUAACUAUGGUGUGAGUCCUUGGGUCGGGGAAAGAAUCGCCUCUCGUCGUAGACGGGCAACAGCCGUUCGGUGUGAUCUCCUUGUGUGAUGAUCGCUCUGCAGAAGUGGAGUUGAAGUGGGUCCACCAGUAAUCGGUGGGCGAGGGAUGGCUGGAUGGGUGCAGGGGCUGCUUCAGAGACCGAUCAUUUACAAUCUGGAAGGAGAACUUGGGAUUCAUUCAGAGGGCAACAAAUUGCAUACCUCAGUAGACCAGUCUUUGGUUAGUUUUAAAGUUUUAUUAUAUUUUGCAUGUUAUGAACAAACAUGGGGUAUGGCAGGAACGAGUGAGUUCUUGUAUAACAUUGAGACUGGAAGUGUACGUUUGCCACCGUACUUCAUUUAAUCAUGAGCUUAAAGAAAUGCAAUACGUAUAAUUUUUGAAAGUGCAACUUACAUUCCAGUGUUUUAAUGUGUGAAAGCAUCUGAAAUGCUACUCUUGUUUGUCAAGAAAUGUAAUGAAAUUUCCGGAGGGGGGGUUUCUUCCCCCAUGUGUUGACGACAUAAAAAGCCAUGACUUUUGUGAUUGUAACUACAUGCAUUGAGUAUGUCCUGCUUCCUUGUACUACAGCUGUCUUCCUGUAUGAAAUGUCACCCUUUACAUGACACUUAUGAUCAAGUUUUGGACUGAAGUGUAAAUUACAUUUCUUCUGAAAGCAUGAACUGA